AUCGCAACUACUACUAACUAGAUCUCCGAGAGUCAAAUUGGAUGCGCACACUUGAUUAAGCUAUUGUACUCAUUAGGAGGAAUUGCUUUCUCCCAUCCAGGCCUCAUUCCGCUCUCUCUGCGUUGUCUUGGUUGAAGAAAUCUCACCCUCCCAAGGUCGGAUCAGUCAACAUGCAACAUGGCUUGCAUGCCUUCAGCGCCCAUCAUAGGUGGUCGAUUGAGCAGCAUCUGCCGGAGUAGCCUGCUGGGCAUACGUUCACCACCUGGAGAUGGAGCGCCUUGGUGCUUGAGAGUAUAUUGGCGAGCACGAGGCUCUGGAUAACCGAUGAUGGGUCUGUGAGAUAACAGCCGUGGCAGUUUCUCUGGAUGUCAUGAGGUUUGGCUGCCAUUAAGCUACCUCCCGCGGGGACCGCGUAGCUCUCUCCUUCACGGCUUCUCUCUUUCACGACAUCAUCGUAAAGGAGACAGAAAGAUAUACUGGCGAUCAUGGAGUUAGACAAACUUGAUCUGGAGAAAGGGUUGUCCAUCCAGGAAGUCACGACUCAGAUUUUCCCUUCCCAGAGGCUGGAGGGGACGACAGCGGUGAUUGCAGAAGAGAGACAAGGAUGCCGAGAGUGGCUCUUUUUCCCUGCCUGCGAAGCACAGUUCUCCUUCAUUUUGGACCACUGGGCGGCCAAGUCCAAAGAGACCUUCCAAGAGGUGAAGGAGUUGGAGAAGGAGACCCGAGCACAGGGUCAGGAUGACUAUAAGAAGUGCCUGACGAAAAAUGCUCUUGGUCGGAAGAAGCAGGAGCUUGUCGACAGGCUUACGAUGGAGUGUAAGGAACUCGGGACGGUUUUCACACUCGCCAACACCAUCAUGCAUCAGCAUUCGUCCAACCAGACCCUGACAGCAAUACUAUCUCUGGUAGGAUGGGACCCUGAGAACUCGGGCUGUGGAUUGCUUCCUGAAGGCUACUGGUCUCUGGGCCCACGGCCCAGCGCCAUCGACGACUUUGUGGUUUCCGCCGCAGAGACAUUGAGCAAAGCAGGUUCUAGCAUCAAGCCAGAGACCCGAAAGUCAUUUACAAUGAGCUAUCCCACCUUCCGCAUCCUAUCACAUCUCUUUAUCGUUCUUAUGGCAGUGAUCUUCUUCUUUCUUCUUGUUAUAAUAAUGUACCUAGUGCCCAUGAAGAAAAUUGACAGUGUGAUGGUUCCCAUAGCCUUCAGUCUCUUAUUCUGCGUUGGGUCGUUCUACUUUGGAGGUGGAAGCGGCGGGCUGCAGUCAGACCACAAGUUCCUGCUUCUCUUUGCGUAUACCAGUGUGAUGGCUACUCUGCUUUCCAACUUGGCACAUAAUCAAAAAGUUGGGGUACCUGUUGCGGACUGA